GUAACCGAAACAGGGAUGUUGGAAGUUCUCCCACGUAUCGAAGCAAAGGAUUGAUACAAAUGUCCAAAAGCAUUUUCACUACUACCUAGCAUCAAGCAAGAUAUCAAGCAUGCCACCGCCUGCCGAUCCAUACCAGCCAUACGCGGCACUGCACGAAAAUCCAAAUGGCGCAGGAGACCAGCGUCCGACGGCAAUGCAAAUCUUGCAAGGUGAAGGUCUGCUCGGAGGAGAUGCGCUUGUUGGCAAGACACUUUUGAUCACAGGCUGUUCUUCCGGGCUUGGGAUUGAGACGGCGCGAGCUCUCUACGCCACUGGCGCGGAUAUCUUCAUGACGGUACGACCGAUGAAGGCCAAGAAAGGAGAGGAGGUUGUUCAAGACAUCAAGAAAUCCGUGCCAGAAGGCAAAGGAAAGCUGGAGCUUGUUCUGAUGGAUCUUUCGAGUCCGCAGAGUGUUCGUGAAGCAGCGAAUGAUUUUUUGCAAAGGAGUCGGAGUCUGAAUGUCCUGAUCUGCAAUGCGGGUGUCAUGAUGUGUCCUAUAUCACGCACUGCCGAAGGUUUUGAGAUGCACAUGGCCAGCAAUCACUUUGGACACUUCCUACUCUUUCAGCUGCUUAAAGAAAGUCUUCUUGCAUCUGCAACUCCGGAAUUCAGCAGUCGUGUAGUGAUAGUCAGCAGCGCCGGGCAUCGAUUCAGCCCCAUUCGCUUCGACGAUAUGAACUUCUCUUCUCGCGAUGGGUACAACCCUAUCCUCGCAUAUGGCCAAUCCAAGACCGCAAACAUUUACAUGGCUUCGAGCAUCGAGCGCCACUACGGCCACAAGAACUUACAUGCCACUUCUGUCCAUCCUGGAGUAAUCCUCGACACUGAGCUCCCUCGUCACCAGACGAACGACAGCCUUGAUAGCGAUUUCAAUAUGGAAGAGCUAUUGCCUUUGAUGAAGUCGAUCCCGCAGGGUGCCGCCACACAGGUCUGGGCAGUGACUGCUAGAUACCUCAAUGACAAAGGCGGAAGCUACGUCGCGGAUUGUGGAGAGUGCGGACCAUUCCAAGAGGGUGCAUCCGUGGCCGCAGCAGGCUACGGUUCGCAUGCGUAUGACGACGACGCUGAGGAGAAGUUGUGGAGGCUGAGCUGUGAGGCUUUCGCGAUGGCGGUCGAAUGACUGAUUGAAUGAUGACAAUAGUGCCGCACCUCAAUAUAUCGUAACCGUCGAUAGCUGAAGUCACUGCUGUUAGGUUAAAGAUAAGCUUCCAUACACAAGUUGAAAA